AUGUCGGUUUUAUCACGCUCUAACCACCAUGAUACCUUGCCGCAACCUGCAGUUGCAGAGGAUGCCAUAAACGAACAUUCCCCUCUUUUACGAGCCUCAUCGAAAAAUGCCAUUGAUAAGCCUUGCAGGAGCGAUAGUGGCAUUUCCGUCAGCCAGUUGGCUUGCGGUAAAAGCAACCGACCGGGCCUGCAAUUGGCCAUAGGCGAGAUUCGAUCCAUGUUGAAGUUGACGUGGCCAUUACUUGUCACCUUUCUCCUGGGUAUUGGCAUGCGACUUACAGACGUCAAAUUCUUGGGCAAUCUCGAUCCUCAAAUCAUGGCGGCUGUGAGUCUUGGCAAUUUGUAUACCACUGUAGGUGGUCUCGCCGUCGGCACCGGCUUGCUGACAGCCAUCGAUACUUUGGUAGCACAAGCUUUCACUGGUGCCGAAGAUCGGUACACGCUAGGCAUAAUUUUUCAAAGAGCAGUAGUCAUCAUGGCCAUCUUCUCGGUACCAAUCACGUUGCUCUGGUUAAACGCCGAGUCUCUUCUUGUGUACAUGGGACAAGAUCCUGCCCUGGCUCACCUUGCCCAGUCGUACCUGUAUGUCUGCAUCCCAUUUAUUUUUCUCGUUUUUGUUUCCACAGCAAUACGCAAGGUCAUUCAAUGCUUAGGUCAAAUGCGAGUGACCAUGUAUAUCAUAGCGGUGAUUUUUCCGUUCAAUAUUGCAUCCAAUUAUUUCUUUCUUCAAUAUCUCGAUCUGGGUCUACUUGGAGCGGCGUACCAUAUCCUUUGCUUCCAUGUUAUAGUGUUCAUCACUUACUCCAUAUUUUUGCUACUCCGAACCGAUUUUCUAUCAUACUAUCCGCCAUGGUCUGUUCACGCUUUUCGAAAAUGGCCGACUUUUCUGAAACUUGGCAUUCCGGGAAUGCUUAGUGUAUCCACAGAUUGGGCGUUUGAACUUUGUGCCAUUAUCACAGGUGUACUUGGCAGAGAUACGCUUGCAGCGCAAUCCAUCAUUUUGACGGUCAAUCAUUUCUUGCUAAUGUUUCCCAGUUCUUUAUCGAAUGCAUUGGUGGUCCACCUUGGUCAUCAUCUUGGGGCCUCGCGUGCCAUUGAAGCGCGGUGGGCUGUCCUUGUCUCGGUUUCAACCAGUGUCUUUAUUGUUUCACUCAAUGCGCUUUUGAUGUAUACCAUGCGAUUUCAAGUGGCUGCCUUUUUUACAAAGAAUCCAGGGAUUAGCCAAACGGUAGUGGACCUGAUGGGAGUGGCUAGCAUGGCCCAUUUUGCUGUGGGUAAUAGUGUGAUCUUUUCCGGGGCUUUGAACGCCUGUGGAAGGCAAUCUCUUGUGGCUUGCUUCAAUUUGUCUUCCUAUUAUAUGGUGGGUCUUCCCGUCGGUUUGUGGAUGACAAUGGUCCAUGGUAUGGGGUUACACGGUGUAUGGUCAGGUGUCAUUAUUGCUGGAUGCAUCAAGACCAUCGGCGAAGCGUAUGUGAUUCUUCUAAAUACCGAUUGGGAGAGUGAAUGCCGGCGAGCCAAAAAGCGACUGCAAACCCAAGAAGUUCCGUCACAGUUGCCAAGAUGUUCAUCAUAA